AGGGAGCUGAAAAGAUCCAGAGAGAGAGAGAGAGAGAGAGAGAGAGAGUUUUUGUCUGUGUGUGUGAGUGUAGGGUUUCCUUUGAUCGGUUGGUGGUGGGUUUGAAGGAAGAAAAUGGCUGCUGAAGAGGGUGGUGAGCAGAGGCAAACCGAGAGGGCAAAGGGCCAUGUCAAGUGGUUCAAUGACCAGAAAGGUUUUGGAUUCAUCACUCCUACUGACGGCGGCGAAGAUUUGUUCGUCCAUCACUCUGGGAUUAAGGCCGGCGGUGGCGGGUUUCGCAGUCUGGGCGAGGGUGAAGCCGUCGAGUUUGAGGUGGAGCAAGGUGGUGAUGGCCGUACCAAGGCCGUCGAUGUCACUGGCCCAGAUGGGGGACCUGUUCAGGGAGGAAGCCGCGGCGGCGGCGGAGGAGGUGGCUACAACGGAGGCGGUGGUGGCAGGAGCCGCGGUGGAGGGGGAUACGGCGGCGGCGGAGGCGGGUACGGCGGCGGUGGUGGUGGGUACGGCGGCGGUGGAGGGGGGUACGGCGGCGGUGGAGGUUACGGAGGAAGCGGAGGAGGUGGGUGUUUCAAGUGCGGUGAGUCUGGGCAUCUUGCUAGGGACUGCUACCAGGGUGGCGGCGGUGGGGGUAGGUAUGGCGGUGGGGGAAGCGGCUGCUUCAAAUGCGGGGAAGAUGGACAUUUUGCCCGAGAAUGCCCUAACAGUAAUCGUUGAGCUGGCUUCAACCUCAACCUGGAGGGUUUUAUUUUCAGAAAGUGUUUAUUCGCAUUUGAAAUCCCUCUUCUGCUUUUGGGUUCUUUGAUUUCACUGUCUCUGUUUUCUAUUGUACUUUUUGUUUUAUUUGGGGGUUGGCUUAAGGUUUUUAAAGGCUUUGAUCUGGUGAACCACACGGUACUAAAUGCGAAUGUUAUUUUGUGGUGGGUUAUUUUUGUGAUUAAGUGGUCACCUGCAUCAAGUAGUAGCAGUAGAAGACGCAGUACUAGUUUCUCUCUACCAGUUUGUUAGGUUUUCAAGGAAAAAAAAUGUUAAAUCAAAUCUAUGCUCUUAGCACUGCAGCAGCUGCUGCUUUCGGGCGGAA